CAUGGACUUUCAUGCAUGAAAGCAUUGCCUUCCGAUGUAUCUUUUGAAGAGAAAUACAAUUUUUUCGUUAAUCGAUUUUAUAAAACACCGACUUCAUGCAAAUCGCCCACAUGGAAACGGAACAGAUUAAUUUUUUUUGCUCAAGAAAAUACGGAACUACGACACAAUCCUAUGUUGCGAUGGGGUGAUAUUAAGUACUUACUGAAUAAGACUAAUGCACUCCUUGUUUCUCUUCUUCAUGAAGACGUUCCUCGACCAAGAUUCGGAGGAAGUGCAAAAAGAACAACUUUUCCUGCAUGCGAGACCGACCUACAGGUGAUUUAUCCAUCUUCGGAUAAGUUUGGCGAAAGCAAGACAAAGAUUCGUUGUAGUAAAGCUCCAAUCACAUUGCUAGUCGAUGGUAAAGAAAGACUCCAACAACUGGGUGAAAAACUAAAUGUGGAGAGCUCCUUUUGUAACGCGAAUAACGAGAUGCUGAACGUUUUAGAUGACUUGCUUAUUGAGUUUGAGACUUGCAAUGCUCUACUUGGUGAAUUCAUGCAAUCCCAAGUUCACAUCCCUCUCGAGCAAGCUGGUAACGACAAGUACGUUGAUGAAUUUGCCAGACACGAUGCCAACUCAAGGGGUUUGUCUGUGUGGGCAUUGUUGAUUGUGCCGUUUAACUAUUUGCAGCAAAUGGUAAGAUCAUCUGGAAGGUUUGGAAAAAUUGUCAUUGAAUUCUCUCGUCGCAUUAACGAUUUUCGGGAGUACAUAUUUCCUUCCGAGGAACUCGAGUUUCCUGACUACGACGAAAAGUUAAACUUUCUUGUGGGUAGCAUGAAGAAAGGAGUUACAUGCAACAAGAGUUACAUCAGUUAUUCUCUCGAACGGCAACUUGAGCGCCAAUGCAAGAAGAGGAACAUUUUUCACAACACUCCAAUUGAAAAUAUUCUUCAACAAUGGAAUGCUAACUUUGAGGAAGAAACUUUGACGCUAGUGCCAUAUGAGUACCGUCCACUGAUUGCCCGAUGGAUCAGAUGGUCAUUGAUGAUCAAUUACCUUAGAGAGAGUUUAGCCAAGCAGUGCGCAGUCGGUGUUGUGGGACUGGUUAAUUCAGGGAAAUCAAAGUUUGUCAGCUCCAUGUUUGAAGUACAGACAGCGAGUGGAACAACUGAUGAAAGACGUACCACAAUUCCUUUGAUUUAUAACUUGGAUGAACACAUCAAAGGUUUGGAUGUCAUUGAUUUUCCUGGUGUUGAUGAUCGUGAUGAGUCAAUUCCGAAAAUUGCUGAAUUGCUGUUUUGUUUGACUCGGAUUGUCGUAUUUGUUGUCGAUUACAGGAAAGUCCAUACAGAAUCAACGAAAAAAUGGCUUUCCAUACUUGAGAAAGAAAAUGUUCCCGUUCUUAUUUGUCUAACAUUUGCUGAUAGACUCUUUGCUGAAUUAAUGGGGAAAGGAGGUGAUUGUGGCAUGGAGACAAUAAAAGCCAGAGUGGAGAGUCAAUUGGAAUGCAUCAAGACUAAAAUUGGAUUACCAGAAAGCGGUCAUCAACGCGACUUUAAACUGGCUGUGUUUGCUCUUGACAAUGAUUCCAAACUUAAUUCUGACGAGGGGAAAGCAAUGCUACGUAGAGUUGGUCUUUGUGAUGAACUUGACGUGGGCCGUUGGAUUGCGGAGAAAUUAGAUGAUGAAUAUGAAUCACACGAAAUCUCACAGAAUCUUCUCAAAUACAUAGAGAACAAGAAAAGCAGUACUAUAGACUCGUGCAAGGUUGGUGCAUUAUUCAAUCUAAAAUGAUGUGUCGAAAUUGAAAAGGGUAAUCAUUUAAAGGAACUAAUUUAGUUUGCAUUAAAAUCAAUUGUGAUUACGGUAUAUUACUUAUAAAGGACCAUGCCCCAAUGACCGAUUUUGUGCAGUAUGUAUUAUAUUUAAGAUAAAAGUUGAUAUAUUUGUUAAUAUAACAUUGUGCCACUUCUUUGUUCAUCAUGAGGCUAAUUACUGGAAAAUUAUUAAUUUAAUACAGGUUAUGUAUAGUUUAAUGUGUGAUCUUUGAGCGAGUUGAAAUGGAAAAGCUGAGCUUGAUUCUUGCUAGGAUCUUCACAGUCCAUUUGCAAUAAUGUGUGCUCGAGCCAUGCACUAACAUUAAGUAGCUAUGGCUUUUCUCUAAUUUUCAUUUAGAUAUGAUCUUGUGCGUAAGAUAAACUGUUUACAACAUUUAUGAACAGUAUGAUUCCUCUUCUUAUAUGUGGCUUGCAAAAGAAUGUUUUAUCAAUGAUCAUUUUUGCUAUUGCACGUGGACUCCAGCUAGGAUUAGCGAAUGUUUUUGGUGUAAUCAAGGAGGUUUUCUUUGUGGAAUAGCUUGGCCAUAUUUUGUGUAGAAAUUUUUGUGAAUCAAAAUUAAUUAUAACAUUAACAAUUAAGAAAAUGUUCAUUCAAAAACAAUGAAGAUGUAUUUUUAAUGAAUGCGUAGAAAGAGUGA